UCCAUCGCUGCCGAUUUUUCUUUGCGCGUAGUAUUACUUGUAAAGAGCUGUUUGUUAGAAAAUGUGAACGCGCUAUUAAUAGAGAGUCCAAUAAUGAUUCGAUAUCGCUCUGAAAAACCGGGGUAGUAACGAGACAGUAACUUGACGUCGAUAAAUGGACUUAUUUUGCAAGGGAACGAGAGAGGUUCUUUACCCCGAGAAUUCGCGAUAGAGCGAAAGACGACGAGCCGUAUUCGCGGAUGCAUCAGUGCACCGAUCUCGUCGAAACCGGCAUUGCAUUGACAUCGAUGACACGAGAAUGAUCGUUUGUCGCGGAACCGCGCUAUGGAUGGUCGCGAUACUCGUCUUCCUCGCAAGCGUAUCAUCGUCUCGAAGCGGAUUCACGACUCUACAUCAGCAGCAGUCCAGGAUCCAACCGGCGCUCGCAAAACAAGUGACAUACGAGAAUCGCAAGGAUGAGUUCGCGCACAGUGCAUCGUCCGAUCGAAUCGGGACCCCGUUGAAUUAUUCCAGCAGGACGAAGAGAAAUGAUUACAUCGCGCGAAGAAACGAGAGCGAUUAUUACGCGCAACGUAGAGCUGUCAUGGAGAGAUAUUACGCGCGACAGCGUGAGAUAAACGCGAGAUACGCUAAUCGAACGGGCACCUCGGGAUCGAAACAUAGGGAUGCUGUAUCACAGCUUCGGCCGGUGACGAGAAACGUGACUCUGCGUAGUCUCGGGACGUAUCCUGGCAAGGACUCGAGAGAUAGCGCGAUUCUCCGCUAUCCUUACAUAAGAGUCGAGCCGAUAUUCAGCAACGAAUCGAGGAACAACAGGAUAUCGAUCGAACCAUCGGAUAAUCGACGAAACAUCACGUUGAAUACUAAUCUUGAUUUCAAAUCCGAUGCAGAUUUGCAAGCGAGAAACAGCGAUAAUAUUGAGAGAAAGUUAGAUUAUUAUGUCACACCCACACCAUGCACCAACGUGUCAUUGUCUGGCACAUUUGCGCCAAAAACGCAAAUCAAACGCUCUAAAAAUUGCACCCAGGAAACAGAGCAGAGUUCUAAUUGCACAAAUCAUAACAAUUCCACCGGAGACGACUAUCAAUGUUGGGGAACGUGCGAAGGGAAGAUUGUCUAUCAACAUAACUUGCUUCUAGGAUUGAAGGGUCCCUCGAAUCUCGACACCCUGUUCGAAGUAAUCAUUCAAGGUCCCAUUUGUAUCACUUGCGUGGAGGUGUUGCGAUAUAACGAAACUAGAGCGAUAGUCACGUUAGAUUCCGGCGGACGUGGUCACGAAUAUGCGAAACUUAGGCUAAAGGGUUACAAGAAUGAAGGAUUUUCCUAUAUAAUAAAGGUUUGGGGUGUCAAGAAAUUUGAUCAGAAUUGCGAUAAUUAAUUGAGAAAAAUGCGAGAGGUUGAACAGACUUCAUUAUUUCUCGUUAAAUAAUACUUCACUUUAAUAGGAGUUUUGAAAAUAAUCGACCAAACUAGCAAGUAUUGUAAUAAUCGUUUUUAUUAAGUUUCACGACGUUUCGAUCAUAUGGUCCUUCUCAAGUGAGAAAUAAAUUAGUAAAAUUUAGCUCAUCGUACAGCAAUGCACAAUGUUAAUUUUAAUUAAGAAAUAUAUAAGUCAAAAAUUAAAAGUAAAAUUGAAAUUGUGAGACAGCCACAACAUAUCCCAACCAAGGAUCGUCAGAUUCUUUUUUUCAUUUUCACUUGAGAAGGACUACAAUCAUAUGGUCGAAACGUCAUGAAACUUAAUAAAAACGAUCAUUACUUGCUAGUUUGAUCGAUUAUUUCCAAAACUCCUAUUUAAAUACUAGUGACUGUCAUUAAUAAUUAGGAUUUUACUUUACUUUAAUCUUAUACGUACAAAAGAAAUUCCUAAUAUAAAAAAGUAUGCAUUUUUUAUAAAUAUAUUGAU